AUGAUUGUGAAUGGUAUUUUUCACGUUUAUAGUGAUAGGAACUUUGAAACAGCAUUAAAAAACUGUGGAGUUGAAUGUGAAAUCAACCCUAUCUUCAAACAUCUUAAAUUGUCGAGUUUUUCGAUUCCAAAUUCGGAAGAUAUAAUAAAAAUACCAGAAAAUGAAGAAUUUCCGAUAAAGGAUGAUAAGAAAGAAGCCAUCAAACCAAUAUCUCAAGAAGAAUUUGUCGAAAAAUGCCUUCAAGAAAUAUUAAAUCAAAGAAAAUUACAAAUUGAGAAUCACGCGAAUACCACAACAUCAGAAUUUCUUCUUAUUGAAGAUACAGAUGAAUUUAUUCAAGUCAAGAGAGAACUUAAUACUUAUUGUGCGAAAAUCUCACGAGAUGAAGGAAUGGAUCCCCCGUUUCAUAUUUGCGAAUAUACAUCUUGCUUGAAUUCUGCAAUUCCCGGCUUUUCCUAUUGUACAAAUCAUAUUACUUUAGAUCCGAAAUUUGAUACUCUCCCAUUUUUCAAGAGAUGCAGUUCAAAGCUUUCAGAUCAACAAUGCAUUACUCCUUGCUCCGAAAAACAUACAGAAUGCUGUCUUCAUCGUGGAAAAAUUUUGAAAUCUAAUUUUAAUAGUUAG